AUGACCGUGAUGGUGAUGGAAUUUGAUAAUCAAGUUGUAAUUUCUUAUUGAUUUUUAUUAUAAACUAGUAGUCGAAUUUAUAUAUCUUUGUGUUCCCAAACACAACACUGAACAGAGUGUUUUAUAAAUAUGUAGAGUGUUUUGGUGUUUCGUUGUUGCCUAGUCGUUAGCAAAUAAAAUCAGGAUGUCGCUGCCUGGGAAUGGAAUAUUCGUGGUCCAGGGUGAGAUGGCCAUGCUGGUCACUGCCAUGCGACGCAGUACACGAUGGGGCUCCCACUCCUUCCCUAAUGAAGAGUACGACGUCCUCAUGAGAACCUUCCAGGAUCUAAAGACAAUAUUGAACCAAGUAGAGGAUUUACGACUUCUUGAUCCACCGACGUAUUUGAGCCCCUUUCUGGAGGUAAUACGGAGUAAAGAGACGACGGGGCCAGUCACAAGCCUUGCUCUUUCAGCCAUACACAAAUUUUUAUCAUAUGGACUUAUAGAUCCAACACAUCCAAGUGUACCGGCCACAGUGGAGGAUAUUGCAGAUGCAGUCACUCAUGCUAGGUUUGUUGGCACUGACCACUCUUCUGACGGUGUUGUGCUUAUGAAGAUUUUACAAGUUCUCCGCACUCUUAUGUUAAGUCCAGAGGGUGCCAUGUUGACAGAUGAGAGUGUCUGCGAGAUAAUGCUCAGCUGCUUUAGAAUAUGUUUUGAAACCAGACUAACAGAGUUACUCCGGCGCAAUGCGGAGCAGUGCCUGCGGGAUAUGACGCAACUGAUCUUCAUGCGGCUGCCGCAGUUCCCGCCGGAGGACACCGGCGCGAACUUCGCCACGCUCAGCCUCUCGCUCAAGAAACGAGACAAGUCCACCAAGAAGAAAUCUAUGAGUACUGCACAUAGUACAAACUCGCUGGACAGAAAGUCAUCACUGACUGACAGAGCUACCUCUCCCACUGUUGAGAACAUAGACAACGAUUCAAAAGUCGACGCUACUCAUAGACAGAACCAAGAUAAGAAUCUAAUGAACGAAGCGGAAAUAACGAUAGAGCCUGUGGAGCAGCAGGUGAAGAGUCCGAGCAAGAAGCACGCGAGGCACUCCUCCAUGGACCUGGCGCACGGGAACCCCUCCAUCUCCCAGCUGCUGGAGAAGUGCGUCAGCAACACUGACACACAGGACUCGCAGCUCGAAGACGACACAAAGUGUGAACUUGCUGAAGAGACCAAAGACGAUCUCCCGCAAGCCGAGGAGGAGGAGGUGAAAGAUGAGACACAAAAGGAGGUGGAAGAGAAGCUGGAGGAGUACGUGAACCACCGCGGCAUCAGGUUCACACCGCAGGAGGAGACGCCCAACUUGCAGCCGUACGGCCUCGUCUGUGUCAGAGAACUAUUUAGGUUCGUGAUAUCAUUGUGCAAUCCUCUGGAGGGUCAGAACACCUCCGCCAUGGUGCAGCUGGGGCUGGCGCUGGUGGGCACCGCGCUGGAGGUGGCCGCAGACCAGCUGCCGAGAUACCCAGCGCUGCUGCAUCUCGUGCGCGACCCUCUCUGCAGGAACCUGCUCAGCUUAUUAGACACGGAAAGGAUAACAAUAUUUGCACUGGACUUGCAAGUGUCCUUUUUAUUAUUCGAGUCGUUAAGAUAUCAUCUUAAAUUUCAAAUGGAGGCCUUCUUCAAGAAGAUUAUCGAAAUAAUAUCCGCAGAUACUUCCAAAUCUAUCUACGAGUUAAAAGAAAUACAUCAUCUGGCGUUAGAAAGUCUAGCUCAGAUGUUCAGGAUACCUGGCUUUUGCGCAGAAUUAUAUCUAAAUUACGACUGUGAUAUAUACUGCAUGAAUGUAUUUGAAGAAAUAACUAAAUUGUUAUCUAAAAAUGUGGUAUCGUCCACAGCUUACAAUAUACAUUCUUUAUCACUGGAAGCUCUGAUGACGAUAAUAGAGGCUAUAGAAAUGGGAACUAGUCAAAAAAUGGAGAAGAGUGAGAUAGAGAUUGUUGAGGAGGAGAAAGGAGUUGAAGUGUUUGGUAGAGGCGGGCAGGUGUCAUUGGAGUUGGGUGGCAUGGACGAUGUGUCAGUGGUGAGUGACCAUGUGACACAUGACAUCAGUCAGUACGUAACAAGCGCUCGCAUCGCACGACACAAGCCCACUGGUAAACUACCAACUGAAGCUGAACUUGAUAAUAUUAAAAAUAUGAAAAAGUGGGUGACGCAGGGCACGGAGCUGUUCAACCAGAAGCCGGAGCGAGGGGUGGAGUUCCUGCAGGAGCACGGCGUGCUGGCCACACCCCUCGACCCUCACCAGGUCGCGCUCUUCCUCAGAGAGAACCCCGACUUGGAUAAAAAGAUGAUCGGCGAGUACAUCUGCAAGCGGUCGUCGCGGGGUGAGGAGGGGUCGGGGGUGGGCGAGGGCGUGUCAGGGGGCGUGUCAGUGCUGUCGGCGUUCGCGGACAGCUUCGACUACCGCGGACAGCGCAUCGACAUCGCGCUGCGCCAGUACCUGGAGACCUUCCGGCUGCCCGGGGAGGCGCCGCUCAUCUUCUUGGUCAUGGAGAAGUUCGCGGAGAGGUGGCAUACGACAAACGGGUCGCCGUUCGCGAACACGGACGCGGCGUUCCGUUUGGCGUACGCCAUCAUCAUGCUGAACAUGGACCAGCACAACCACAACGCCAAGAAGCUGAAUGUGCCAAUGACGGCGGAGGACUUCGUGCGCAACCUUCGCGGCUGCAACGGCACCGGAGACUUCGACCAGCCCAUGCUAGAAGCCAUCUUCAACUCUAUCAAGAACGAGGAGAUGGUGAUGCCGGCGGAGCGCGUGGGUCUAGUGCGCGAGGCGUACCUGUGGCGUGUGCUGCAGCGGCGCGCGCGAGGUCCUGCCGCCGCAUACCGCGCACCCCCCCUACCUCACCACCAUGCGCGUCUGCUGCCUCUGCUCUGCCCCCCUGCGAUAUCGGCAUUGUCAGCGGCAUACGAGCGCGCGCCGCAGCCGAGUGCGGAGGAGGUGGGCGGGGCCGGUGCGGGCGGUGGGCGGGGCGAGUGCGUGUCGCUGGCGGCGCUGGGCGGGCUGGAGCGCGUGGCGGCGCUGCUGGCGCGUCUGCAGCCCGACACAGUGCCGCUGGACACGCUACUGCUCACACUGUGCAAGUUCAGCGGACUGCUGGCGCCCCCGCACGCUGGUUACAUCGCUAUUGGCGUAUCUCUAGGUCAGUCUAUGAAGGCGCAGCUGGCGCUGAGACGCGCAUGCACAGUGGCGGCUAGACAUGCUGACUGUGUGCGCGACGCCUGGCGACAUCUGCUGGAGAUACUGCAAACUCUGUACAUUGGACGACUUCUGCCCAAGUGCUUAGUUGAGGCGGAGGACUACCUGGCUCCGGGCGGUACUGUGUCCCUCAUCCGCGAUACGGCGCGCGGCUCCGACUCCGGUCUGCUCUCCAGUAUCUACUCCUACAUCGCACUGGGAGAGACAGGAAUGCGGGCCCCCACCCCCCAUGAGAAGGCCCUCAUUGACGUGGCGACAGAUUGCGUGGCCAAGUGCAACUUCCCCGGUCUGCUCAUCACUGAAACUAAAUUCUUGCAGCUGGAAAGCUUACAAGAGCUAGUGAGAGCCAUGGUGACUGCCGGCACACCGCCGGACCCUGAAAGUUUACAGUUAAAUCCUCAUUUAGAAGACAUCACUAUCUUCUUUCUGGAACUACUUGGAAAAACACUUAUACAAAAUAGAGACCGGCUGGCGAGCGUGUGGGGGGAGGCGAGCGCGCACGUGGAGCGCGUGGUGUGGUGGGCGAGCGCGCGCGGCGCACAGCCGCUCACCCGCGCACUCACUGCGCUACUGCGCACCUCCGCGCGCCUCAUGCGCUGCGAGCUGUGCGCGCCCGCAGUGCUGCACCACCUCGCCCUGCUCUUCCACCUCCCAUACAAGCUAUUCUACCAGCAGGCGGAUGUGAUAUCGUGCGGGCUGUACGAGCUGGUGAAGACGUCGGCGCAGAACGUGCACAGCGGCGAGGAGUGGGGGGUGCUGCUGGCGCUGCUGGCGGCCGCGGGCGCCGGCGCCUGGCCGCAGACCUCCCGCACCCGACCCGACGGGGACAGGUGGCCUCCCGCCGCUGGAUCAUCCAGUCGGUCGGAAGCAUCCGAUGAGGAGACAGAGAAGCGACCGACAAGUGUGUCCUCGGAGAGCGAGCUGUCGCACUCGCCCCACACGCAGGGGUGGAUUUUGGUAAAGAAGGAGGCGAGCGCGGAGGGUGCACGGGAGGGCGCGGCCGGGGGUGGUCUGUGGAAUGCGGAGGUGGAGGGUGUGGUGCUGCGCGCGCACCGGGCGAGCGCGCUGGCGAGGUGCGCGGAGGCGCUGGCGCUGGUGGUGCGCGAUGUGGCGCACGUCACGCCGCACAACUGCCGCGCCGCCGUGCGCGCCGUGCGCCUGCUCGCCCGCGCCACGCUGCACCCGCACGGUACGAAGGGUCCCCGUGGAGGUGGAGAGGGCGAGGGCGGAGCUCGUCGCGGGCGAGGGCGGCGCAAGGGCGGAGACUCCAGCGACGAGGAGCUGGACACGCUGGACCAGUACCACAUGGUCAGCAUACAGCUGUUAGACCUGAUGCACACGCUGCACAGUCGUACUGCGCAGAUCUUCAAGUGGUGGCGCGAGGAGGCAGACCAGGGACAUGGAGGUGAAGACUAUGACUUGUGGGAGGUGGCGUGGAAGCCAUUGCUGCAAGGUAUCGCUGAAUUCUGCACUGACAGGCGCCGACAGGUGGCGAACAGUGCGAUAGCGUACCUGCAGCGCGCGCUGCUGGCGCCGGCGCUGGGCGCGCUGGGGGGCGCGGGCUGGGCGGCGUGCUUCGAGCACGUGCUGCUGCCGCUGCUGGACGCGCCCCCACCUCGCCCCGACGCCGCCGCGCGCGCCGACACCGUCAUGUGCAAGGUGUUCCUGCAGCACCUGCAGGCGCUGAGCGCGCGCGCCGGCUUCGGCGCGCUGUGGGCUCGCGUGCUGGGCGUGCAGCGCGCGCUGCUGGCCACGCCGCACGAGCCGCUGCAGGAGGCCGCGCUCGAGUCGCUCAAGAACAUGCUGCUCGUGAUGCACUCCGUCAGGAUAUUCAACACAGGCGACAACUACAACGAGCUGUGGUACCUCACCUGGCAGAUCAUAGGAGAGUUCCUGCCCACACUUAAAGACGAAUUAUUUCCCGAAGUAAAUGACAACACGCGGCCCGCAACCAACCUGCCGAGUCACAUGCAGCCCCCCCUACCGGCCACGUUGCCCACGCUCGUACCCGUCCCCGCCCCCAACCCCGCCGACACGCCCACACACACGUCCCGCCCUCUAAACGUUCAGACAUCCCACGCCCAAUCUCCCAACAUCCUGGUCGCGUCGAUGGCCCACUCGCCCGUCAACCUCAUCCAAACCCCACCCAUGGCCACACCGUCACUGGUGGCGCCGACACCGAUUAAUGUGUCGGCCCCGGCACCGACUGCAGUUAGCGCUGCCCCUCCUGCAGUACCAGCAGUCGGCAGCGCGGCACCUCCGUGUGCGCCCCUCGGCGGCCUGGUGCCGAUCCGGAACCCGCUGUAUGACCAGACGGGGCUCACAUCCUCUGUGCUAUUGCAGCCUUUGAACGAGAUGAUUUCAACUCCAAUCGGCAUAUCUAUACAAACACAACCACCUGUGUUGUACCCGAGGUCCGCUGAUCCAGCUCCACCACAGCAGAGCGCAAACCAAAACGAACCUUAUACAAUCGCCAUAGAGUCCACAAUUACGGACACUGAAGUUAGUAAUCCAAUAAGUGACACCCAACAGAGUGAGUUGUACGCAGAGUAUUUAUCCAAUCCCUACAACGAAGCUAAUGAGAUAACAGUGAAAGAUUUUAAUCCUGAAGAAAAUCGCUACUUGCCCGGCUCGAAGGACCAAGAUCUUCUACAACCAAAGCCCUACGAGACUGCGCCUGCGCAACAGAAAUCCUUCAGCGCGAACACUACGCCCAGUCACAGCGGUAAUCUAGCUCAAUUCUUAUCCACAGAGAAUUUAAGGAAGGAAUCCAGUAUUUUCAAUUUCUCUAAUUAUUUUGGGUCCGGGAACGAUCUGACUAACCCGGGCUCGGACCUAUUUGACACAUUGACUGCGGCACAGGAGGGAUAGCACAGAUGACAAAUAUUGUUCAAUUGCGAAUUAUUUUUAAAUUCAUGUGCGAAAUGUUUAAUUCUGAUGGCCGUUUAUAUUGUUUUAUUAGUUCUUCCACGUUAUAUUAAUAUAUUUAAUCUUUGGUGAAGUAUUUUUU